ACAUGCCGGGAGUAGAGAAUGCGUAUUUCGUGAUUGAAGCCGAGGUUAACACCCCCUGGUGACAUUCCUGACCACACACCUGUCUGUCUGGUUUGACGACAAAAGGGAAAACAUUUAGGUAAAUGCUUCCUGGUCUUCGUGGGGUGUAGAGGGCCUGCGUUUAUGGGUUUUUACAGAGUUCGAACAAUACGGUCAUUUCAGAAGAAACUAAAACGAGCGAACCAUUAAGAGGCGGCGGGGGGGGGAAGGUUUACUCAAAAACUGUAACGAGUAAACGAUGACUGUGGUGUACUGGUAGAUGUCGGGUCUGUUUCAUAGUCCAGCCAAGUUGGUUAUCAGCUUCACAGAGCCGGUCAUGCUGAUUCUGAGUCGGGCCCUCGUGUUUGCCUUCAGUGCAACGUGCUUCCACCACGUGUGCGCGGUGACUCGUGAUACAAUUCUUUAUUCUUACGACUGCUCCAAAAAGGAUGUCAACUGCACGAUACAAACUCUUCCACCAAGGGAUGACGGUUCUGUCUUGUGGACCCCUGGUCGACCAUUGGACGUGGUCCUUAAGUGGUCCUUGAGUCGUCAAGGGACAAAUGCAAGCUUGGAUGCCUACCCCACCGUGCUCACUCCUGUCCUGAACAUCACUUGGUGGCUGCCUUAUGAUGACAGCAUUGUUGCGCUCCAGGGAACCGAAGUUUGUGUGACAAUGGAAAAUGAAAAUGCAACCAGAUGUGUUUGGUUUGUUUAUUCCAGCACACCUACAAGGUUGGAGAGUUUUUCAUUUCACGGGUUUGCAGUGGAACCAUACAAACGUUACCGCGUAGACGUUUGCAACUUUCCCAAACCCGUUCCACUGGAGCCAGAAACCAUUUUCCGGAGAAACUUCACCUUGCCAGGCUGUGAGGAUUAUGUGAUGAAAACUUCAACCCAGUGUAUUCUGAACGGGAGCAUGUGGUCACCAGAUAUAAGUGUCCACCUGAAUGACAGUGGGGCAUCAGUCAAAUUCUCAGCAGUGAACCUAUCGAGGAGGUAUAACGUCACGCUGGAGAGCUGCGGACAAAUCCACAAGGCGUCCGUGAUCGGGGGGAUCGGAAAAUAUAGACAGGUGACCUUUCCCGGUGUUACACCGACACCAGGCUGUCGCACAUUUGAAGCUAAGAUAAAACCCUACUUUGACAUAUGCAAAGAUGAUUGCAAGGAAAGAACAAUGUCGGUGACUCUUACAGAUAAAAACUCAUCAACGCCGCCUCCUCCCACAAAUAAGAUCCUUGGAAAAGUAGCCAUUGCUGUUACUUUAUGUCUUGUUAUGACAUUUGCCAUGGGUGUGAUAGUCUACUGCAAACGAGAUGCCGUGAGAAAUGGAUUUUGCAGACCGGCCACGACAGUGGAAGAAGAGAAAACUGAGGUCCCCGUUGCACAACUGCCACCAAAGCUGCAGCCCAGAAAAGUGUUCAUCGUCUACUCUAACGACCACAAAUUGUUCAGAGACAUUGUCCUGCACUUCGCGGCGUUCCUGCAGAGCAAGUGUGGCAUGGCGGUAUCGCUGGACCUGUGGGAAGAGCAAAAGGUAGCCAAGACAGGGAGGAUGCAGUGGCUGAUGCAGCAGUUGGAUCAAAGCAAGGACUCGGUGGCCAAAGUCAUUGUGCUGUUCUCUCGAGGGUCGCAGAUGAAAUGGAGAGCGCUGUGCGACUCCACACAAGUGGAAUUUCGGGAAGAUCUCAAAUCCCUCGUCGGAGACAUGUACAGCCCCGCCCUCAGCCUCAUCUGCGAUGGAAUUAUGCGGCCGGCCACGUUCGAAAAGUAUAUCGUGGCGUACUUUGAGGACGUAAGCAGUGAGAGGGAUAUCCCCAGUUUCUUCAACGUGACGCUCAAGUAUAAGCUCAUGAAAAAUUUCAAGGAACUUUUCUUCAGGAUCCAGGACAAGGAGCAGUACGAGCCAGGAAUCACGUACGGAACACACGGAAUCUCUGCAGAAGACUAUUUUGAAGAGCCAUGUGGGAGACGCCUGCUAGAGGCCAUACAAGCAUUCAAACGAUUUCAGAAGUCAAACCCAGACUGGUUUGAGAACAACGAAGGUGACAAAGAACUGGAUAAGACCACAUGGGAAGGAAACAAAAUGUAUUCCAGUGCAGCAGGCAUCAGGGAGAACAUUCCUAUUUUUGAACCAAAUGACGGAUGCGGUUUGGUUCUCCGUAACAAUCCAAAUUUAAGUAACGACUCCACUGACAUGCUUAAGGCUAGCCUUACACAGUUUUCACAUGAAUCGGGAGUAUCUAGGAUAGAAAAUACAUACCCCAAUGAACAGCUGCCAUUGUUGUUUGUUUCUCCAGCUGAAAACGAUAUCCCUGAAUAUGCAGUGCACGCGCAUUAUUCUAAUCAAGUUAACGUUAUCGCACAGCGCACAAGUCAGGACCUGUUGCUCAACCCUGAUGAUCUCAGCGGCAAUGGUAGCGACCAGCAGUUUGGGCAAAUUUCAUCUAAUGCUCUCUUUCUUUUGGAAGGCUUUCAGAGAAGCCUUGUCAAUGAAAACAGCAACUCUGAUCUUGGCGAGUGUGUGGAAAGGCCUGGUUUGUGUGAACCACAGCAUCACAUAAUCCCUGCAUUGCAAACCAACGAUGGGCCGAUGUACAAUUCAUUUGACGGAAGCAAUGAUGUACACAUUGACUUUUCCGUACCAUCUUACGAAUGUCCCAGAGAAUUAUGCAGUGACCCAUAUAAUGCAGAGUCGAAAAUGAUGAAGGAACUGAUUCAUCUGCAGCAGCAAGUGCUGCAAAACAGCAUUGCCAAUAUAUAACGAACUCCCAAAACUACGUGUCCACACUAGUUUAUCCACCAGAUUAACAACUGUACCAUCGUAAGCACACAGUAAAUGUCUACCUUCUUUCAUCU